UGUAUAACAUCUUUCCCUAAAGAACGGAAAAUCCCCCGGGGGCUGGUUAGUUAGUAGCACUCCUCCUUUCUCCUCCGAGCUCAGAAAAUCUCCGUCGUAAUAACAACCGUUCUGGUCUCUCCGGGAUUAAAGUAAAGAUUGAAAAUGGCGGAAGUAGAGCCAGAGAUAUUAAAUUCCAUACCAGAGACGAUAUUUAAGAAGAGGAAGAACAAUGAGGAGUGGGCUCUUCGGAGGAAGCUGCAACUAGCUGAAAAAACGAAAAUCAGGGCUACUAGUUUUACUAUAAAGAAGCCUGAACAGUUCAUCAGAGAAUACCGGGAUAGGGAGAUGGACCUUGUCCAAAUGAAAAAUAGGAAAAAGCAAUAUAGACGGAGCAUGGUGAUCCCGGAAUCCAAGCUCUUAUUUGUCAUACGCAUAGGAGGGAAGAAUGAUCUUCAUCCAAACACACGCAAGAUUUUGUACGCUUUGAGAUUGAGGAGAAUCUUCAGUGGGGUCUUUGUUAAGUCAAGCAAAAAUCUAAUGGAGAUUUUGAAAAAAGUAGAGCCUUACAUCACAUAUGGGUAUCCAAACCUCAAGAGUGUGAAGGAUUUGAUUUACAAGAAAGGUGUUGGAAAAUUUGAGAGACAGAAGGUUCCUUUAACUGACAACAACAUCAUUGAGCAGGUAUUGGGGGAGCAUAAUAUAUUGUGCAUUGAAGAUAUCGUAAAUGAGAUUGCGACUGUUGGUCCACAGUUUGAGAAGGUUUCCAGUUUUCUGUGUCCUUUUAAUCUUGACAAGCCAGAGAAGGCACUGCAGGGUAAAAAGAAAAGGUUCACGGACGGAGGGGACUCAGGUGAUCGAGGGGAUCAAAUCAAUGAGCUGAUUCUCAAAUUGAAUUAAUUGAUAUAUCGAUUAUUAGCUCUUUCGGUAGAAACCCAGAUAUUGAGUUGAUGUGUAAUGAAACCAAAUUCAGUCUUUUCCAGUUUUCAGGCAUUACUUAUUUUAUUUUAUUUUUUGAAAUAAAAUUUAUUAAUUUACUAGAAACCGUUCAGGCCAGAAAAACACAACUUACAAUUGACUAUAAUCAUAGUGCUUUUGUUGUGUUUCAU